GUGCAGUUAGCUCAACAGCGGUCGUGCUGUAGAGCACGAAAUAAAGUGUCAUGGAUCUUUUUAAAACUUUGGGGAUUUUUUUUUCCACAAUGCUAGUGAAGACAGUCAACGACGAUGAAUGAAAUAGGGCUCAGGAGACCCCUCCCUGACAGGUCAUCGGGGAGUGGGCUCACGUUGGACACCAUUCGUCACCCAAGUGUCAUCAACCCCAUUCUGUCAAAACGGGUUUGCUUCUACAAAAGUGGAGACCCUCAGUUCAACGGCCUGCGAAUAGUCAUCAACAACCGUACUUUCAAAACCUUCGAAGCGCUCUUGGACAGUCUCUCUAAAAAGGUCCCCUUGCCGUUUGGGGUGCGGAACAUCACAACUCCGCGAGGGGUUCAUGGCAUCAGUACGUUGGAUGAACUUGAAGAUGGGAAAUCUUACAUCUGCUCGGACAGCCGUAGUGUCAAACCCUUCGAUCUGGCCCUGGCUCAAAGAAAGCUGCCACCUUGGUACCACGCCAGACCUGUCAGCUCUCGUCGCAGGACCYGGCAGUUUUUUCCAGCCAGGAAAAWCAUCCACAGGCAGGAGCCGAUUGUCAUACACACGCCAAAAAGACUUGUAGUUUUUCGCAAUGGAGACCCUUCUGUAAAGCACACAGUUGUGCUUCACAAGAAGACUAGACCUAGUUAUGAGUCGAUCCUGAACUAUAUCUCAGAACUGAUGCAGUUUCAUGUGAAUAAACUACAUACACCGGAUGGCAGACGUGUUGAUGGUCUUCCAGGUUUGAUUUUGUGCUCUGGGACAGUGGUGGCUGUAGGCAGGGAGCCUUUCAGGCCUGCAACAUACACGGUGCAGAAAUCUCCAGCUUCAAUGAGGUGGCAUACCAACCGAAGGGGCAUCAGACGACAAAAGGCUUUAAACGCUAAAAAGAAGUCACCAUCAUAUUCUUUAAAGUCAAGAAAUUUCUCCGCAUCUUCUGAGCGGUACAUUGUUCAUCAAAUUCAUAACAGCCUUGCGGAGAGUUCAUGCGACCUGCCCAGUAACCUCGCUAACUCUGUGGAUUUGGACUCAAAUUGUACAAUGGAGUCUGUAGCGGGAACUGAAGGUGGCCCCUGUCCUGGCAAUCGAGCUGGAGAGCAGGACUGCUCUCUAGCCAAUGAUGACAACAUUGAGAAGUCCUUCAGGGUGAAUCAGGACGGUAGCAUGACAGUGGAGAUGAAGGUGCGGCUGACGAUUAAGGAAGAAGAAACUGUUAAGUGGACUACCACACUCACACGCUCCGCUGCAGCUGACCAGCCCAGUGUGGCCUGUUUACCGGAGUUUGAGGAAGAGCAAGAGAUUUAUUCAAAUGAAGCAAAUUCCCAUAAUUCACCAAGUUCUGCUGCUUCCACUGAGAACGUCAACAAGGACAGAACUAAAGAUGAUAAUGACGGUGAUCUACCAUCGUUGAGCAAUGAAGCUUUUGGUGAAAGGUGUCAUGAAGAGAAUACCAAAAACCACACAGAUAUGGUGUCGCCCAGGAGAGUCCCUACCCCAGGAUGGACGAAAAUGAGCAAAAAACAAGCUUCUGUGGAGACCAUUAAAUCUGCUACAGUGAAUGGGGUCGAAGAAGGAGAGGUGAGCUCUUAUUUCUGCAGAGAACAGACAGAAAACAAGACAACGACAGAGCAGUUCUGCAUGGUUAAUCAGAGCAGCACAAGACCAGUACCCAAACCAAGACGACUGGGUUCUGUUGAUAUCAAAAGUAGAGACAGCUCUGCUUUUAAGUCAAGUGAAAUGACUGAAACCAUGCAGAAUGAAUUCAGCAAAGAGGAGAUCACUGAAACAGUUUUGCACAUAUACGAACAGCAGGCUUGUCAGGAUAAUUUCCUUUCAAAUGUUUGCACACAAGACAUGUCUGUAUCUGACAGGACUUUAGGGCCAACUACUUCAAAAACUGGGCAGCUUUCCUCGAAUAAUACAUUUGAACCAGAGUUCUGGGGGCCUUCAACUGCCUCUGAGUCUGUUAGUAUCAGGCUGGGUGAUAGCAUGUCUUUAAAAUCAGACUGGCACUCAUCCCUUCUAAAAACUGAUGCAAUUCAAGGACGACCAUCUAAGAAUCCUGCAAAAGGCCACAUCAAGCUCAAACGCACAGAAGCCAUGAGUGCCGCCUCAAAAUCUAAAUUAAUCAGCAAACACGUCCAGCUGGUUGUGACACCAGGAAAAAGACAAAAGAAGAGUUAUAAAAGAAGAGCUGUGAAAUAUAAAAAAGUUAAACCUUUCUCCAGCGCAAUGUUCAUCAAGAGAAUUUAUGGGAAUAAAACCAGUUCAGGGAAAAAGUUGAAAAAAAUGAAAAACAAACCAACACUAAAUGGGGUGAUGAAGGAGAGUGUACCAAAACCAGAUGCUACAAUUAAAACUUCCUUUAAAGAUUCAAACAGAUCAUUAAGUUUAAAAGAGAAGAGAAGCAAACACAUUUCUUUUAAAACAAGCACUAACUUUAGUCAACCUCGAGGAAUACUGACUCGACAGAAAUCAAUGCAUACUGAGAAAAAGACUGAAAUCAAGUCAUCUGAUAUUAGUAGAAGCCUUUCAUUGUCCCCUUUUAACUCUUCCAGCUCUGCUACUAAGGAGUAUGUAGAGAAUUGGCUUGAGAAAGCAGAUUUGAACCUGGCAUCUGUUGCAAGAGCUGAAAAUGUUAGCUGUGAAGAAAGAAAAGAGGUGACGCUUUUGAAAGAAAAAUUUGAAACUACUAAAACUCCACAAAAAACAUCAAUAAGACAAUCUGUCAAACUCAGAGAACAAUCUUUUGAAAACAAAUCAAGUCCAUCAGUAGAUAAAUCUGUAUUUAGCCAUCCAACCACAACUAAAUCAGAUAGCUACGAUAGCUUGGGUCAGAAAAACACUCAAGCAAAACCUCUCUCGAAUGGGAUCUGCUCUGAAAUAACUGGACCAACAACUCAAAGCUUAGCAGAAAUGAACUUGGGUAGUGAAGAGGAAAAUCCAGAAACAACUACAGAUAUAUUUUCUAUGGAGCUGCCGCCACCACCACCUGAGCUAUUAAACAUUGAAUAUUUCACACAAGAUGCUCCAUCAGCUYCCAGCAGCUCUUUAUACAGGCUCUCAUCAACAAGCAGUCAAUUAUCAGAAAGUUAUCCGUUAUCUUUGAGUCCGUCUGAUAAGGCCAAAUCACCAACUGAUGAUACAACAGAAACAAUGGCACCUCCUCAGACUGAAAACCGCUCCACGCGGCAUGGGACAGGAUUAUCCAGAACUUCAUCCAUUAAAAGAGCUCCUUUGGUCAGUAACAGCUCUCUUGAAAGGAAAAUGUCUUUCAGAAAGGCUUCUUUGGAUUUAUACACUUCAGGUAAUGAUGCCACUCCUAAGAUGACCACAAUGUCCACUCCCUUCAACACAGUGGGAGAUGAAGUGCCACCAUAUGGGAUGAAACAAUCACUGGAAGGCCCCCUGGGGGAGACCCAGCAUCCAGUUUCAGAUCUGGGCACGGAAUCACUUUGUUCAUCUGCUUCCCCAGCUAGUUUAACAUCUAACCAGAGGAUGUCAUCUGCCAGCAUUCAAUCCAGCGAGGCCUCAAAGUCUAGCAAUAUCCAGGUUAAAGAAUCAAAAAUGGCUAAAACAUCUCAAAAAGAGGCACCAUCACCUAAAAACUUGACAAAAAAAGCUAAAGUAAAGCACAGCCCAUCUCCAGAGGACAGAUUUUCAAACAAGAAGCCUUUAGUUGAACUUCAGAAUACCUCUCCUAACUUACCAGUCACCAGCCACACUCUGGAUAAAGUCGUUCUUCCAAARAUUGGAACAAAAGGACACAUAGCACCAAAAGCUAGCCCUUCAACUGAGAGAAAACAUCAUAAACCCAAAGAGCUCCAGAGAGCAUCUGCAUACUCUCAGUCUUUGGAUGGGGUGUCACCACCUGUCAGACACAAAUCAAGUGGAAAGUUUCUCUCCGGAAGCCUCUCUUUAGACAAUUCGUCAGAAUCUCAGAAUAAGACCAUAAAGAAAACAUCAUCACAAAGACAAAGUCAUCAAACACCACAGUCAGGAAAAUCAGCAAGUGAAAUGAAGUUUGGUGAUAAUAAGGCUGGGUCAGACAUACAUGUAAAGCCACAGCCAUUAAACACUGUAAACCAGCCAAACAUGAAACCAGUCRUCGAGAAGGUAUGCAGCUCAAUAAAGUCAAUAAGGCAAAUCACCCAGAAAAAGCGUCCAUCAUGUCUGGAGAAAUCCAACAGCUUACCUGACUUCUCUUCUCAUGUAGCCUCAACGUUUGGCUCCUCAUCAAAAGCUCUUCUUGCAUUCCUGGCCGUUAUGACUUUAAAAGAAGGCUUAACUAACCUAAAUACAGAUGAGCUGAAUGCCAACGUCAGUUGUGCAGAGGCUUUAAAAAUGAUCGAUUCCCUCCAAGAAAUUGCCAACAUUGAAGAUUCCCACAAACUGAAAACUAGUUUGUCCAAUUUACAACAGUCUACCUCAAAGCAGCUCCUGCAAAGCUGGAAAGGCUUUCAGGAACUCGGUGAACGAUGCAAAAGUCACAGCUCAUCAACAAAUGUUUCAGAGGUGGGAAUGACAGCUGAACCUGGUCCUGAAGGAGACUGCAUCACUGAAGAAACUGUUAUCAAUGAGAUCAUAAACAACUUGGACAUUCCUGAGAAACUCAAGGAGGAGUUGGCAUCAAUGUCAGAGGGUGCAAAAGGUGAGGGCGACCAUGAAGAGAAGUCUGUUGAAACGCUGGAGCUGGCGGCAAAUCAAAACAACCAUGACAACUCAAACUACGUCCCUACAAAAGAUACAGUUUCUGAAGAUGGUACAAGCAUUGUCGAUGUGCGAUCCAUCAUCAAAAAGUUCACUAACAUCAACCAGCCAAAACCAUCUGAAAUUAUGUCAGAGACUGUAAAGCCCAAACCAACUGGCUUGGAAAAUCAAGAAAAGACCAGCAAAGGCUGCUUGAAUUCUGUGUCUGAAGACCAAUCAGAUGAAACCAGUUUUAAACAAAUGACUCAAGAAAGACAGCUUCACUGUAAAACAGUCACAGACUUGCAGUCAUGUAGGGAUGUGACCCAUCAAGAAAAUCAGAUAAAGCAAAAGCAGCAGCAGGGUGACAUAGAAGAUAAAUUACCAUCAGAACUGACAAAAAUAAAUGGAGAUGUAAGCAGUAAGAAAACACUUAUAAAAGAAAGUUGCAUCUUCAAGACAGAGGAGCAGUACUUGGAAUGUAGACAGCUAAAGAUUCAAACCCCUGUUAAUGAGUUACCCCAAGAUAAACUAGAUUCAAACAAGGAAGCACAGAUGUUUUCAAAAGAGAUAAAGCAGGAUGAAAGUGAAAGUGAGGACUUGUCUAAUUUGAAAAAUCAGUCUGCAGAGAAGCAAGUGAGCACAAAUUAUUAUGUGGAAGUGAAUUUGAAAGACAAGAACGGCAUAUCCAACUCAGACAUCAAAUGUACGACCUCUGAGAGUCAAAUGUACAGCAUGGGUUUGAAUGUUAGUACUGAUGACAGUAUAGAGAGCGCCGACUCUGAAAAUCCAUCUUCAGAGGAAGAGCAGCRAGUGGUUGACUGUAAAAAACUGCAGGUCAUUACUGAGGAAAGUUUGUCUUGCAAUGAGGAGGAGCAGGAUGAGAGGCCCGUUCAUGACUUUCCUAAUUUUGGGGAACAAACAAAACAAAGGAAAGUGUUGGCAGUUUUAAGAGAAGAGACAGAGGAAGUCAUCUCAGAGGGUGAAGCCGAAAUCCCAAAAAGUCAGACUACUCUUGAUAGAGGUUUGAGCAACUUGUUAAAAAAUCCAAAUGUAUGUACCAUCAAUGAUGACAGCAGUUUGAUAAUGUUUGAAAAUUUUGAAAAAGUUUUAGGGUUGAAUAAAAAUGAUGACAGUGGGAAUGACCACAGCAGCUGUGAAGAACACGCUGAUGGACUAAAAAGUGAAGAUGAACACAUCAGCAGCUCAGCUGAAGAAGAAUUGAGCUAUAAAUUGAAACCAUUCAGCCCAGAGGAGGAACAAGCCUCUGUGAACAAAAACACAGAAGAAAGCCACACACGGCAACAAGAAUCUCCACCGACAACACAACCAGAAGGAACAAACUGUGCACAGGGGGUGGAAAAUCCUAAACAACCAUCUGAAGAAAUUCUCACCCAGUCUGUUGCAGAAAAAGUGAUUCUUCUGGAAAGGCGGGUGUCCGAUGCUCAGAAAGCAAACAACACGCCAAAAUGUUCCACCAUCAGACGUUUCUCACAAAGAAAGGUCCCUGUUGAGUCAGAAGAUUCAGCUUCUGAAUCACCCACAGCUGAGCUGCCACUGUGCACCCGAUCAGCCCCUCAGUCAUCUUUAUCUUUCAGCUACGACUCCAGUGGGGUUGUAACCACAGAGCCCGAAGGCAGCCGGGUCAGAUCCAUCAGGGACAUGUUUCUAGCCAAGAGCGCUACAGACAUCCAGCAGAAACGCUACGCCAGCACAAACUCAUCUGAGCUGUCCGAGUUAAGGGUGGGGAGCUCCGACAGCGGUGGCUAUCAGUCUCAGACGUCGGGUGAACUGUCCAGCGGAGACGAUGAUUCAGCAAGGAAAUCCAUCACUAAAGGCUUUGUGAGGAGGACUAUCCAAAUGCUGUAUGGCAAGAAAGAAGCUCAACCAGAGGAAACAAGUGAGAGASCCCCGUCUGAGCCAGAUCAGAGAAAAAAGCAGCCCUCGAGCAUCUUCUCUCCCUUUCACGCAGCCAGAUCCAAAGCAAUGUCUGAAUUGUCUUACUUCAAUUCCACCAACGCACUGGACACCUUCAGUGAAGCGACAAGAUGCAUCGCUUUCAACGCACAAGUGGGGCCUGGAGACAGUGUCCCUAUUGAUAGUGGGCGAUGGCUUCUCAGAGAAAACACAUCAAUGCGAAAGUCGGUGUCUGAUCCAGUUGGAAUAAACAAAACCUUUUCAACCAGUCCUCAAGAUACAGAACUACACGAAGACGUAGAAGCAAACACUCCAUAUUCUCUUUUCAGCGCAAAGCCAGAACUGGAGGUAGAGACAAACCCACUGCAUAGAAAAUGUACCUACUUCUCUCUCCCACAUGCGUCUGAAUCAGAAACCUGUCAGGACGACCUGAGCACAGCGAGCAGGAGCAGCAUGAGUGGAGAGAAUGCAGCCGAGGCAAAGGACGCUUCAGAGGACAGCAAAUCAUGGGCAGAGAGAAACGGCAUUCUGCCGAGUGUUGGCGCCCCUGACUUUAGGAUGAAGGAUAACAAAGUGCACCCCUUGGUAGAGCUCCCGCCUGAGGGCGAGGUUGUACUGGUGCAGCCUGGGAAAGGUCAGGGAAUAGUUAACAGAAGGCUUCAAGAACCCGAUGUUUUAGAUUUGUUGUAUAAUUUUUGUGGCGCACAUUGUCCCGUACUGUGAGAUCGGUUUUUACGAACUAUCCUAAAACAUCCUCCAAGUUUGUUUCACUUGAAAAAAAGUGCACAUUGGGUUUCAGUCAAACAAAUUUUCUUUGGUGCCUACAUUUUUAUGUUGUCAUGGCCUUAGAAGAGUACCCUACCAUAUGUCAACUCAUUUCAGGAAAUUACUGAGUACAUGUGCUACAGUAUUGUGUGAAAGCCUUGAAGUCAGUUAUUAUUUCUUUCCAUUUAGCUUCAAAGGAGCCAGACUGUCUUAUUUCUUGUAGUUGUCUUGAUCAAAAGUUCUUUUGGCUUUCUGAACAUCUUUCAGUUCUUUUACACUUUUUUCACCCAGUGUCUGACAACUUUACCAUGUUUGUUUACAUUAUGCCACUCAACUCUAAUUUAUGAAUCAUUCACGUGUAACAAUAUUCCAAAAUUACUUUCACUGCAUAAUAUGUGACCCAUCAUAUCGAAAUGAGGAUUUAGUCAAAUUUGGUCAAAAUGACCUAAUUACAUUUUC